AUGUCAGAUAGUUUACCAUCAAAUUCAAAAAAAACGAAGUCUGCAAAUAGUACUAAUGGACGUCCAAAAAAGCCUAUUUGGAGGUUUUUUGAGCAAGGAGACGAAAUAGACAAAGGGCAUUACAUUGCAACAUGUUUGGCUUGUAAGCAGACUUUUCGUCCUGGUAAAACACCAGUAAUGGAAAAACAUAUAAUGAAUAAUUGCUCAAAAGUGGACCAUUCAAUUUGUGAAGCUGUCAUAUAUAUGGUGGAGGCACAUGAGACACGCGAAAUUUCUUCUGGUGCUAACACCAAACGUCAAAAUAGUGAAUCAGAUCAAGUUACUCUGGAAAAUUUUUAUGAAAAUUCAGAUUUAAGUAAGGAAUGA